UAACCAUGUUCAUUCAUUACUUGUUUUACUUCAAUUCCCACCCACCAUUUCCUCAAAUCAAAACACCUUUCACUUUCUUUCAUACCCCAAAGCCGCGCUAUCUAUCUUCUUUCCUCCACCUAACCAGAUCAACCCUAAUCCUAUAUAUCAUAUCGAUCUUACUACUUCUCAUAGCUUCAAUUUGAGGCCUCACGAAUGAAUAAGGAUUUGGGCAUUUGAGAGAGAUCAUAUGGAGAAUACUAAGAUGAUGGGGGUGAAGAUACAGGACUAUGCUUCUAAUAUGGAGAGUAAUAAUUAUCCAUUCUUUGAUUUCUCUGAAGAUAAGGGCUCUUUAGGGUUUAUGGAGCUAUUGGGUGCGCAAGACUAUAGUCCUCUCCUUGAUUUCCCUCUAUCGUCACACGUGUCAGGGCCUCAAACCUCUUCUGUUAAGGAACCACCUGAGACUAAGAAAGAGUGUUCCGAGGUAACUAAUAACAACCAGCAACCUGCGACUCCGAACUCUUCAUCCAUUUCCUCCGCGUCCAGUGAGGUUUUCUAUGAUGAACAGAAUAAAACUGUAGAUCAAGCACCUGAACACCAAAAGACAAAGGAACAGUUGAAGGCUAAGAAGACAAAUCAGAAGAGACAGAGAGAACCGAGAUUCGCGUUCAUGACGAAAAGCGAGGUGGAUCAUCUGGAAGAUGGAUACAGAUGGAGAAAGUACGGUCAAAAAGCUGUGAAAAACAGCCCCUUUCCCAGGAGCUACUAUCGUUGCACCAGUGUUUCAUGUAAUGUGAAGAAACGUGUGGAGCGAUCUUUUAGCGACCCAAGCAUUGUGGUGACAACCUACGAAGGACAACACACGCAUCCAAGCCCAGUUAUGGGUCGCUCCAACAACUUUGGUUCGGUAAUUAUGUCUGGAUCUGCUGGAAACUACAUGUCCCAAUAUUAUCAGCAGCAGCAUCAACAAGUCCACAUCGAUGCAUUGUCCUCUUUGGGUUUCCUCUCUUCUUCGUCUUCAAGGAAUGCCACUUUUCCUCAAGAGACUGCCUUGUUAAGUGACUAUGGGCUUCUUCAAGAUGUUGUUUCUUCACAUAUGUUGAAAGAAGAUUAGAUGAUUACUUCAUUACUGUUUUUAUGUGAUUUCUUGUUAUUAGUUUCUGUAGGAGAAUAUAGAUGAGGACUUUGUUGCUGCACUGGGAUAUUUAAGUUUUAGUUUUCAUUCUCAUCAUGAUCACACUUGUAAAACCCACGUUAUCUUUUUGCACAUAUACUAUAUAAUAGGCCUUGGCAUGAAAAUUAUUGUAACAUGAUGGAUUUUGAUCCGGUUGACGUCUCUUAAUUAGGAUCUAGUUUCCUGUUUGGCUGUUUCCAUCCAA